GGUUGGGCUAUGUACGUGAUACUCAUCAUAGGUGAUAACAACAGGUAACUAUAAAACGGGCAGUUGCCAAACCCUGUUCCACAAGAGCUUUAGCACUUUGUCCUUCCUUUUUCUCAGCACAAGAUGACGGGUAUCAUCGAAAAGCCUCGUCAUUCCGAGACGUCGAACAACUCUUAUUCCACUCGACCCAACGAUAUGAACGUCCUAGGAGUCGUUGACUUCGCUGACUGUGAUCAAUGCUCUCCGUACCCCAACCGAUGGUCAAGCAUCAGGGAGCACAUCUCCGCACCGGCAGCCGAGUUCAUGGGUGCCUUCAUUCUAUGCUUGCUUGGCUGUGGUGGCAAUUGCCAGGCAAAUCUCUCUGCCAAUAAAAGUGUAUCUGCAAGCCCGGCGGGGAAUGCUGUCACAUCCAACCUCUCUUGGGCCAUUGGACUGUCCCUUGGUGUAUGGAUCUCUGCAAACUACUCAGGUGGUCACGUGAACCCUGCGGUCACCUUAGCAUUUGCUACUGUCCGCGGUUUCCCCUGGAAAAAAGUUCCCAUCUACAUCCUUGCGCAAGUCCUGGGCGCCUUAUGUGGGGCAGGUGUAGUCUACGCUACUUACUUCAAUGCGAUCGACAUCGUCGAAGGGGGCUCAAAUAUUCGUACAAUUGCGGUAUCUGGUAAUCUGUUUGGGACCUACGCGGCCGACUAUCUUCCUUCAGUCUCCGCCUUCUUCGCUGAAUUUAUAGGGUCUGCCAUGCUCCUUACCGGAGUUUUCAUGUUCACGGAUAAAAGAAAUGGUCCUUUGCCUCCUGGUGUUCUUCCUGUUGGAAUAUUUUUUGUAAUCCUUGGCAUCAGUUCGGCUCUUGGCAUGGAUACUGGAGCAGCCCUUAAUCCUGCCCGUGACCUAGGGCCCCGUAUCCUUACCGCCAUGGUUGGGUACGGUGGCGCAUAUUGGCUCUGGUGCCCUAUCCUCGGUCCAAUUUUUGGCAUGAUUGUGGCUGCGUUCUUCUAUGAUUCUAUGCUCUACAGGGGUUUAGAAAGUGUUACAAACAGGCCGAGUGAACAGGCUGAAAGACAUCACCUGCACUCGUGCGCUCGCACCAAACGUAAUGGAGUUGCAGAAACAGUUUGAUGAUAUUGAUGAUUGGAUAACACUCGUAAUGACACUGGUAGCUCGGACAUGUUUUUGAUGACCCUCUACGUAUGAUCUCCAUCAUUGCAUGGGUUUUUUUUUGUAUUUUAAGUAAAGUCCCACCGAUAAGUUGGAAUUUACGUAGACAAGACGUAUUAGAAUGAUGUUCAAAUUUAAGCGCUUAGGCACGCGACACCCAAGUUUCGAGUUGAAGGCUUUUCGUUUAUUCGUUGUUUCGCAC